AUGUUAUCGGAGUGGGCGGGACGAGAAGAUACCACCCACUCAAAGCUGUCUAUGACAACGGUGAAGAAACUGUUCCUCGGAACAUGCGACAAUGGAGGAGCCGGUGGCGUUGGAGUUUUCGUCAACACGGGUUUGGCAAUGAACAUCGAUUCAUUCGAGCAACUAACAGCUCGAUUAGGACGUCUACCAUUGAAGAGAAGUGGAUCAAUACUGACUAGUCGACUGUUGGGAAGGUGCCGUUCACGAUAG